AAACAUGGGAUUCACUAUCUACAAAACCAACUUAUCAAUGAUAUUGUGAAACAAAAAUAUCUAAAUAUUACAGAUGUGGAUGCUGGAAUAGAAGUGAUCCGGCAACGAUUCUGUAACAAGAAAGUUCUUAUUGUUCUUGAUGAUGUGGAUCAAGAUAUUCAAGCAAAGUCUCUGGCUGGGGACCGUGAAUGGUUUGGUAUUGGAAGUAAGAUCAUUAUCACAAGCAGAAAUAAGAAUAUUUUAAUUGCUCAAAAAGCAGAUGAGAUUUAUGAGCCCAAUGUAAUGGAUUUAAAUGAUUCUCUUGAACUUUUUAGUCAUUAUGCCUUUGGAAGGGACCGACCUCUAGAAGAUUAUUUGGAUCUCUCAGAAACUAUGGUAAAAACUACUGGAGGACUUCCUUUGGCUCUUCAAGUUAUAGGUUCAUCUUUGUAUUUAAAGGGAAAAUCAGUAUGGGAAGGCAUGUUAAAGAAGUUGCAAAAAGUUCCCAGUAAUGAUGUCAUGAAAAGGUUGAAAAUAAGUUAUGAUGAAUUAGAUGAUGAGGAGCAACAAAUGUUUCUUGAUACUGCUUGUUUUUUCAUUGGAAUGAAUAAAGACAUUGCAUGUCACAUAUGGGAUGAGUGUGGUUUUUCUUCGCAAGUAGGACUUGAUGCUCUUUGUGUAAGGUCUUUGGUAACAAUUAGUGAAAAAGGUGAGUUAAAGAUGCACGAUCAGCUUCGGGAUCUUGGAAGGCAAAUUGUUCAUCAAGAGAACAAAGAUGAGCCAGAGAAACGUACUCGAAUAUGGUCUCAAGAGGAAGUCUUGGCUGUAUUGAAUACAAAGAAGGGAACAAGUAAUGUUAAAGGACUUAGUAUUGACUUUAGACAAAUAUCAAGGAGCCAAUGUUUGAUGUGUGAAGGAUUUGCUGCAAUGACAAGACUAAGGUUACUCCAAGUUGAUUAUGCACAAUCUUUUGGGAACUUCACUCAUUCUUUUUCAGAACUGAGAUGGCUUAGUUGGAAAGGAUGCCCCGACCAAAAUGUGCAAACCAAUUUUCGUCCAUGGAAACUGGCAGUUCUUGAUCUAUCACAUAGUAAGAUUACAAAAAGCUGGAUGGGUUGGAACUACAUCAAGAUGGCAGUAAAUCUAAAAGUUCUAAAUCUCACGUCUUGCCAUCAACUACGUAGUACUCCUGACAUUUCAGCAAAUCAACUCUUGGAGGUAUUAAUUCUUAAAGACUCUAUAAAUUUGGAUGAGAUUGAUACGUCCAUUUGUUGUCUCACGAAAUUAGUCAUAUUAGAUAUGAGUGGCUGCUAUAAUCUUGAAUCGAUUCCUAAUCUUCCUUCUAAUUUAAAAUCUUUUGAUGCAUCUUAUUGCACAUUGUUAAUAUCACUCCCAAUGUUUUCAAGCCUGAAAAAUCUAGAGAAGUUGAGCUUUCGAGGAUGCAAGAAGCUUCUACACAUCUCAGGUCUUCCCUCAAGUUUGGCCAGCCUUGAUGUUGGUUGUUGCUCGUCAAUUCUAGACAUAUCAGGUCUUCCCUCAAGUUUGACCAGCCUUGAUGUUAGUUACUGCUCUUCAAUUCAAGACAUCUCAGAUCUUCCCUCAAGUUUGACCAGCCUAAAUGCUGAGUCUUGCAAGUCAAUGGUAAAACUAUCAAGUACAUCAGGAGGCUUGAGAAAUUUAAUGACAUUAUGUCUUGAUUAUUGCACCAGCUUAGAAGAAAUUGAAGGUGUUGGUGAUGAGGGACUGGACUCCCUGCAGUUCUUCUACAUUAAGUGCUGUCCAUUAAAAAAAUUACCAAAACUGACGGCCUCAAAAAAAUUAAGGUCUUUAAUGCUCCAUUGGAACGAUGUCAUAUGUGAUUUUGAAGGUGAGGGUAUGUACUCUUUGGAAGCGUUGGAGAUAGUGUCUUGCCAAUCAUUAAGAAAAGUACCAAAUCUGCCAGAGUCGAAAAGGCUGAGGAUAUUAGAAAUCAAUGACUGUCCAAAAUUAUCCAAGAUUGGGCACCUUGAGGACUAUGAAUCCUUGCAAAAGUUAUCAAUUAGUGAGGUCCCAUCAUUAAAAAUACUUCCGGAUGUCUCAUCCCUAAAGAACUUGAGCUAUUUUAGAAUCAAUCAGUGCUCCUCUAUGGAAAGGUUACCUGAUCUUUCAAACUUAAAAGAGUUGUUGCUAUUACAGAUUGAGGGUUUGGAGAAGCUAACCGAAAUUCCAGGCCUUGACAGAUUGGAGUCCUUGCGAGAAUUGAAAAUAGCAGGAUGCAUAGCUAUAGAAAGAUUACCGGAUCUGUCAAACUUAAAAAUGUUGGAUGGUCUGGAUAUUGAAGGCUGCGAGAUUCUAACCGAGAUUCAUGGUAUUGACAGAUUGGAAUUCUUAGUGUAUUUGGAUAUUAGUGGGUGCGGGUCCUUGGAAAGGUUACCGGAUCUGUCACACUUAAAAAACUUAUAUGGUCUAAAGAUUGAAGCUUGCAAGAAUCUAACCGAGAUUCGGGGUGUUGACAGAUUGGGAUUCUUAAGGAAGUUGGAUAUUAAGGGCUGUGAGUCCUUGGAAAGAUUACCGGAUCUGUCAAACUUAAAAAAGUUGAAUGAUUUAAAGAUUGAAGGCUGGAAGAAUCUAACCGAGAUUGGUGGUAUUGAAAGAUUGCAAUUCUUAAGAAGGUUGGACAUUAGUGGGUGCGAGUCCUUGGAAAGGUUGUCUGAUCUGUCAAACUUACAAGAGUUGUUUGGUCUAAAGAUUGAAGAUUGCAAGAAUCUAACCGAGGUUCAUGGUAUUGACAGAUUGGAAUUCUUAGAGUAUUUGGAUAUUAGUAGGUGCGGGUCCUUGGAAAGAUUACCGGAUUUGUCAAACUUAAAAAAGUUGUAUGGUCUAAAGAUUGAAGCUUGCAAGAAUCUAACUGAGAUUCAUGGUGUUGACAGAUUGGGAUUCUUAAGGAGGUUGGAUAUUAGUGGGUGCGAGUCCUUGGAAAGAUUGCCGGAUCUGUCAAACAUACAAGAGUUGUAUAGUCUAAAGAUUGAAGGCUGCAAGAAUCUAACUGAGAUUCAUGGUGUUGACAGAUUGGAGUUCUUAAGGAGAUCUGUCAAAAUUACAGGAGUUGUAUAG